GUGAAAUUACAGAGGGAGCGAGUUACGAAGUCAAAUUCGGAGAGGGAGUAAAUGGAGAGAAAGAACGAGUACACGAAAAUAUAUUACAUUAUGCCGUGCAAGUAACGACUCGCGAAGAACGCGGUGUAGGCUUGAUAUAAAUCAGAGUCGUGUUUUGUUUUAGGAGGGGAAGAGAAGCAAUAGAAGUCAUAGACAUAGAAAAGUGUUUCUACAGCUACAAGAAACGUUCUGUCAACGUCAUUUAUUUUUCAGUAGAAAAACAGCUUAAAGCAGCAAUGGCACCCUCUCUCCUCCAGGCCUAUAGAAGGCGCAGGUGGAUGGCUGUGACGGCGGUGUUGGAGAACCUGCUGUGUUCUGCCGUGCUGCUGGGAUGGGGCUCCCUCCUCCUCAUGCUGAAGGGCGAGGGCUUCUACUCACACCUCUGCUCAGAGAACGACACGAUGGCCCACUUACUGGCGAUGGGCAACCUGACUUCCUGGGAGAGUGGUAUCUGGGUGAGCUGUGUGGACCAAGAGGAGAUGCUCAACCUGGGCUUCACCAUUGGCUCCUUCCUCCUCAGCGCUGCCACCCUACCUCUGGGCAUCCUCAUGGACAAGUAUGGCCCGCGCCCACUACGCCUCCUCGGAAGUUUUUGUUUUGGUCUGUCUUGUGCCAUGAUGUCAAUAUCAGCGUACGAUCCUCAUCGGCUCUCUGCUCUCAUCUUUCUGGCCCUCUCCUUCAACGGCUUCGGAGGAAUCUGCUUGACCUUCACCUCCCUCACGCUACCCAACAUGUUUGGCAGUCUGAGCUCCACCAUCAUGUCUCUGAUGAUUGGCUCCUACGCCUCCUCUGCCGUCACCUUCCCUGGAGUAAAGCUGAUCUAUGAUGCAGGCGUGUCGUUCCGGGUGAUCAUGUGGGUGUGGUCGGGUCUAGCAGGCUUCGUCUUCCUCAACUGUUUCUUCAACUGGCCAGUGGAGGCCUUCCCCACUCCUGACGAGGUCAACUACAGUAAGAAGUUAGCGUCGACUGAUGUGUCUGGAGACCAUAAGGGCGUGGGGGAGAGUUUGAAUCAGAAGAAUGGAGACCCAAAAGGAGACCUGAAACACUCCACUGAGAAACUCCCAGCCGUAACACAAAACACCAUCCCGCUCCGUAGGUCGGUGUUCUCGCCCAUCUUCCUGUGGAGUCUGGUUACCAUGGGGAUGACCCAGCUCAGGAUCAUUUUCUAUAUGGGUGCCAUGAACAAGAUGCUGGAGUUCCUCGUCACCCACGGCAACCCUCACUCUUCUGAGUUGAUUGUCGAGGCAGAGAAGAAAGUGAGUUUCUACUCGUCCAUCUUCGGCACCCUGCAGCUGCUCUGCCUGGUCACCUGUCCUCUGAUUGGCUACAUCAUGGACUGGAGGAUGAAAGAGUGUGUGGAUGAGACCAGAAAAGACACAGAGACAGAGAAGAGACCAGCAGACGGGCCAACUAGAGACAAAAAGAUCCAGAAAAUCACUAAUGCCAUGAGAGCCUUCAUAUUCACCAAUCUGCUUCUGCUGUUGUUCGGAGUGUGCUGUCUGAUAGACAACCUGCCGCUCCAGAUCCUGACCUUCAUCCUCCACACCGUGGUCAGAGGGUUCAUCCACUCCUGCUGUGGCGGCCUAUAUGCUGCUGUGUACCCCUCUAACCAAUUUGGAACUCUGAUUGGGCUGCAGUCGAUGAUCAGUGCUGUGAUCGCCCUGCUGCAGCAGCCCCUCUUCGUCGUCAUGGUGGGAUCCCUGCACGGAGACCCCUACUGGAUCAACCUGGGCAUGGUCCUCUUCUCAUUGGCUGGCUUUUUGUUGCCUGUAUACCUGUUCUACCAUCGCAGACACCUGAUCCAGGAGAAGGAGGCUCAGGACAAGAAUGCCACUGGCCAGGAGAGAGAGGCUCUCAACCACUCAGAGACCAACGGCCUCAAACACCGUAGCAAUGGUCACAGCAUCCAGGAAGCAUAGGAAGUGGUUCUGGAGCAAUGCUAAGGAUUUUGGGAACUGUAGGAUUAUUUGUGUCAAUGUCCAUGGUAUCCACCAAAUCAGUAACCACAAUAUCGUCACCAAGUAAACAUUUUUUGUUGUUGCAUUGUUAGCAUUAUUGCCGUUGCUGUUUUUGUUGCUUUAGGGCUUUAUUCAAUUGGUAUCGCGGAAGUUCAGCGCUAAAGCCCAAUCAAAAUUUUAUGGCAAUGUUCCCGCGUUGGCGGAAACUGCAUUCACGGUAAACACUGCAUAUGUCAGCUUAAUCGGAAAUUACCUUUACAUUUGUAUCGCUUCAGCGAUGCAGAUUGAAUAGAGCCCUAAGCCAUAGAACUUCGAACCAUGAUCAACUAACAUUUCAUGACUUUAAGUUAGAUACUAGUCAAUGGAGUUGCUUGAAUUGGAAUGUCUAGAUAAGGAUAAGUUGUCAUCAUUAUUUUGUUCAGUUCAGAAUAUCCAAAUCACAUUUCACUGGUCACAAGCAGACAGACCCUCAUAUGGCGGUGUGGCUAAGCCAAGACUUCUAUGGUACAUGAAAAACCCUUCAGUGGCAUGUUACUCCUUUAAUAUUACUCAAUCCAUGCUGACAAAGAAAACACAACACCAAAGAAUGAUAUUCAGAUAUGAAUUGUGCAGCUUCUACUGAAACAAAACAAUGAUAGUGUUUCUGUUUCUGUUAAUCAAAUACGCUGGGUGUCAUAGACAAAAUAGGUAUCAAAAUGACAUGUAAUAAAGUGUGAAUAGCAUAGUUAUAAGGUCGUGAUAGGUUGUACUAUGACACUUGGGUGAAAUCAGACAUCCAGCCAGGAAGAAUGCUACAAUUUGUUAUACCAAAUAUUAUGCCAUUGACGUUUGUAUUACAAUCAUAUUUUUCUCAGAACAUUUAUCUUAAUAUCGCAUAAACAAACAUACAUACAUACAGACACACACAUGUGCAUGUGCUGGCUCUUAAGCACUCUCUUUCACAGACUGGCUGACUGUAGAGACACUAACUACCUCUUCUAUUCCCUUAACCGUCUCUCUACAACCAAGACCCAUCUGUGUGAGUGUACUGUGUGUGUAGAUUUGUCUUUUCAUUGGUCAAUUUAUCACCCAUUAACCAUGUAAUACGUCGAUUUUUCAUUUUUGGUACGAUUAUUUUUAAUUUUCCAAACAAUAUAAACAUGUACAGACAAGA